CCUGCCUAUCCUGCUCGCAAACUCCCAACAUCUCCAAAGACAAAGUGUAUACAGAUAGUUAAAAAAUUGUUGCUGACUGCUAACUUGGUGAACAUUCUUUAAAUUCGCAUUAAGUCCAUCAACCAGUACGCUGCCAUGAAAAUUCUACUAGUGGCUAGUCUAUUUUUGGCAUGUGUUGUCUUUUCAAAGGGCACUACGUACCGACAUGUUUGCUACUACACCAACUGGGCGCAGUGGCGUCUAGGCAUCGGCAAGUACAACGUGAGCGACGUUGACCCACAUUUGUGUACGCACAUCGUCUUUGCGUUCGCCUUCUUUCAUGACACGAACGGGACCAUCUACCCAGCUGCAGGCCAGAAUGACAUUGAUGCUCUGUUGGACUUCAUCAGCCUGAUGGUGUACGACAUGCAUGGUGGGUGGGACAGAAAGACGGGCCACAACAGUGCUCUGUACCCGAGCAGCGCGGACCAAGGAGGUGAUGUGUACCUCACCAUGGACGAGGUUGCAAAAUGGUGGCACACGGCUGGGGCACCAAAAGACAAGAUUGUUGUUGGCAUGGCAACCUACGGGCACACCUUCACGCUGGACAACCCAUCCAAUAGUGGAGUCGGAGCUGCGGCACGGACCGGUCCUAAUGCAACGUACACCGGCCAGUCCGGGUUCUGGUCAUACUAUGAAAUAUGUCAAGAGAUCGAACGUGGUGCUGGCGUGGUGAAGUUUGAUAAUGAAAGAAAGGUUCCGUACUUUGUGAAAAACAACUUGUGGAUUAGCUACGAUAAUGAGCGGAGUCUGAGACUGAAGGCCGACUGGUUGAAGACUGAAGGAUAUUCGGGAUUUAUGAUAUGGACGCUCGAUCUGGACGACUUCAACAAAGUGUGUUCUUCGUCUGCUACCAAAUAUCCACUGAUCAACGCGAUCAUUGACCAGCUGGGAGACGCAGCAGGUGGACAGACAACUCAGCAGACGACGACUCGGCAGACGACGACUCAGCAGAUGACAACUCGGCAGACGACGACUCGGCAGACGACGACUCAGCAGACGACUCCUCAGCAGACGACGACUCGGCAGACGACUCCUCAGCAGACGACAAUUCGGCAGACGACGACUCGGCAGACGACUCCUCAGCAGACGACAACUCAGCAGACGACGACUCAGCAGACGACACCAGAAGCUUUCACUUGCAGAGGAAAGAGAAAUGGAUUCUACCCCCACCCGUCUAACUGUACCAAGGUAUACCUGUGUAUUCAAGGUCGUAUUUACCGGUAUAAGUGUCCAUAUGGAUUCCACUGGGACACAAGGCGCACCAUCUGCAAUUGGCCACAACUUGCCCACUGUUCCUUUUAGGAGCGAGUUCCAUUUGUUUCGUAAACGCAAAUAUAACUAACAGAUUUAACAAAUGCUGCAUAUUCCUUUCAAGUUUUGUUUUUUUUUUUUUUAAACAAUAGUUAUUAACGUUUAACGUUUGGGAUUGACCAACAGGCGAUGCCAAUAUUAAGGUCUCUCCCUAAUAUAGGCAUUUUUUAUUUGUUUUUCAAGUUUGCUGUUAAUAAAUUAUUGCAAAAGUUUGUAUUGCGUCAGGC